GAUGAUCUAGUUAUUUAUUUAUUUAUGGUAGUUAAUUACGAAUGUGCCGUCGCCUAUAAAAUAUUUCAAUUAAUUAUUAGACAUGCCGGUAUUUUGCAAAUCUGCAAGCAUAGUUAAAACUUAUUGUAGCACAAAAGUCAUCGGUCGCUAUAAGCCUUUCUUAUUAGAGGAUAGAUAUGGACACUUGAUCCUUGCAGUACCUACUCCAGAAACUGAAUUGACAUCCUUAGGCCAGUGGAUCUAUACAUGCAAUAUACCAGAACUUAUAACUGAUGUAAAGAAGCGGUUAUGGCUGCUACUCUGGAGGAUAUCAGCAGUAGUAGCGAGCACAAUGGAGACAGUGAUGAUGGGGAGAGUGAGGGCUCAGACACUGCACUCGAUGACAGCAGUGAUGAAGAUGGAGAAGAAUGGGAAACAGAUGAAGGGGAAGGGAGCGAAGAGGAAAAUGAUGAAACAGGUGAUGAGAGUGAUGAGGAUGAUGAAGAUGGAAGUGAGGGGGAUGAGGAGGAAGAUGAUGAUGAGGAGGAGGAAGGAAGUAUUGCUAAUGUUGGAGAUAUAGAGUCAGAUGUUGAGCUAGAGGCCAAUGCAGUUCUAGAGGCCAGUGACACCGAUGAAGAAGGGGAACGGUGUCCAAUUUGUCUGAACAGGUUCAAAGGCCAGGAUGUGGGGACCCCGGAAUCUUGUGACCAUGUUUUCUGUUUAGAAUGCAUACAAUUAUGGGCAAAAAAUGUAAAUGUCUGUCCACUGGACCGGCAGGUGUUCAAGCUCAUAUUUUGUAAACAUGAUGUGGACGACAUUAUCUACAAGAAGCUGCCAGUUGAAGACCGUCACAAGUCUGAAGGUGAGGAAGAUGAGGAUGAGGAGGCAACAUACUGUGAGGUGUGCGGCCAGUGUGACCGUGAGGACCGCAUGCUGCUGUGUGAUGGAUGUGACGCUGGCUACCACCUAGAGUGCCUCACCCCACCUCUCAGCAGUGUGCCUGUGGACGAGUGGUUCUGUCCACAGUGCUCCCAGAGUCAUGCAAAUGAAGAUGAACAGGAUGCUGAUUAUGUAAUGACAGCCACUGCCCGUCCAAGACGACAAAUUGGUCGUACAAUGGCCUUGCAGAGAGUACGACAUGUAAUAGCCGAGAUCCGUGUGGCUAGAACACGCAGGCUGCAACAACUCGAUACAUCCUCAGAAGAAGAAAUCACUGAUGUAGCGGUCAAAGCAGGGCCAUCUCAACAUCCUGCAAAGAAAUCUACACCAAAGAAGCCACCUAGGAAACGAAGAACUACUAAAAAAAAGAGGAAAGCAAAAAGGAAAAGGGUAACAAAGCGGAAGACUAACAAAAAAAAAGCUGCUGCCGCAAAAAAGAGUGCUGACACCUCAAACACUUCAACUGUCUCAACAACAAAAAAGAGAAGAAGAAAAAGGAAAAGGAGAACUAAAGGAAAGGGCAAAGGGAGAAAAAGAAAGUCUGUUAAGAGAACAAAAAGAACUUCUCGAGCAGCUAGACAAGGUGUUGUGACAACAGUGAAAAGUCGUAUAGCAGGUGCACUUGGUCUCAGUGAGCCCCCAACGGGCAGGACAAUUCCCAUGCAGAAAAUGAAGUUGGAGAAAUCAAUAGAUGGAAAGAGGGCUGAUAUUGGAGCUUCCUCUCUUUCUAUAUUUGGGCAUAGAGAAGAACUGCUGCAUUUUGAGGAUGAAAUUGUAUCAAGGGAAAGCAAUACACAUACAGCAACUGUGCCCAGUAGAUACUCCAACCGUUCUUUAUCUACUUAUAAACCAAUAGGCAGGGUGCCUAUUGUAGCCCAUAAGAAGCCAAAGGGUUGCCCAGUUGUCCCAGCGGCCAGUCAGCCCAGCAGCAUUGGGGCCUCAGGGGGGCCCCUAGAUCUUCUGGGAGCAAUCAUGGAGGGCCAGAACAGGCUGCAGCUAAGCAGCAAACAGGUCACCAUUCAGAGAGAUGGAUCCCUAGUAAAAAAUACUGCCGAGCCAGUGAGCAUUUCAACAGCAGAUGGUUCUUCAAAGAGUCACUUCAAGUCAUCCUUUACAGCUGUGCAGAAAAAUGUUGACAAGAAGACAUCCGUGCUGUCUUCAUUGGUGAAACAGAAGAGUGAAACUGAUGAAUAUGAUCCUGCUCAUCCUACCGAUGAAUGGGAGGAUGAUGUAGACAAAAAAGAUAUACCUGCAAGUACAGAAGAUGUUUAUGAUCCAGCCCAUCCAACAGACGAUAUCAGUUCGGAGGAAGAAAACGAUGUUAAAACUGAAGAAUGCAAUCAAAUGUCAAGUUUAAAUAUAGAAAAUACUAAAGACAAAAAUAAUGUGGCAUGUUUAAGUGUUGAAAACACAAGUUCUAGUAACGAGGCUAACUCUAGUUCUAGUAACGAUACAAGUAAUCAUGUGUUUGAAUUAAGUAAGCAAAACAAACAUAAAGAAAAUGUUAAAGCAAUUGAAAUUGAACAAAAUGAAAGAAUUAAAGACGAAAAGUUAUUUGAUGAUGAACCUAAUAAAAAGUUGGCAACAAAUAAUAAUCCUAAAUCAGAAAAUAAGGUUGUAAUAUUGAAUACUGAACCAAUAAACACGCGAGUCUCACCGUCAAAGCCUGUUUCAUCAAAAGCCCAAAUAUCACCAAGUGUUAAAAUUACUGAAAGCACAAAGAAGUUCCCAGCCAAACCAUUUGAAAUCAAUAGAAAAGCCUUGUUUGAAAAGAAAAGACUAUAUGGUGGCAAUGAGGAUUUUUCAGAAGAUGUAGACUUUUGUGAAGGUGCUUUUCCAGAAUCAAGAGAAGUUGAUGCUAGAGCAAUUGAAGAAGCAUUUAAGGGAACAUUGAAAUCUAAGCAGUCAGAUUCUAAAUUGACUGAAGAUAUGUCUUCAAAAACAGUUGAAAUUGAUAAAAAUACCAAAACUGAAGAAAUUAAAGAAGAAUCUUCCGUUAUAAAAUCAUGUGAAACAAAGCAUACAGACAUUACUAAGAAUGCAGAUGUUGAACCUUUGAAAGUAGAUGAAAGUAAAGAUAAAGCUUUGAAAGCUUUAGAUAAAGAACAAGAAUCAGGUGCUAAACCACAGAAGGACAUUAAAUCCAAAAAAGUAAAAGAAAAGGAUGCUGAAAUUCAUAUUCCUGUAAAUAUAAAUCUGUUAGAAAAGGAUGAAAAGAAGUCACCAAACAAGAAAAUGACUGUAAGUGAUAGGUUUAAAAAAAUAAGUAAGGAAUCUAAUUUGAAAGCAAAGGAUCUGGAGGAAGAAGACCCAAUUCAUGAAAUGCGAAAACUUGAUAAAGAAUUAGACUUUGAAUUGGGUGAUUCUGAUUAUGGUAAAAAGAAAGACAAAGAAAACAGAAAAUCUAAAAGAAAAUUCAGUGCUGAAAAUGAUGAACUUUACUAUGAAAAGAGUUCAGCGAAAAACAGAAGGGAAUCCAAAGAAUAUGGUAAGCAAACUUUUAUUGAAAUUGAAGAUGGCGAAGUUGAUGAUGAUAGUAGAAGGGAAAGGCGUAAAAAUGAGAAGAAAAAGAAAAAGCAAAAGGACAUUGAAAGUGACAUUGAUAAGCGAAUUGUUAUUCAGGUUAGUCAGAAUAACGAGGAUAGGACUGUAUGGGAAGAGGAAGAAAGGAAAGCGCGAAGGAAAAAAGAAAAGGAAGAGAAAUCUAAGACACAUAAAAAGCACAGAAGUCACAGGACAAGAAGUAUAUCUGCUGAUGCACAUAGGCGAUCUCGUUCAAGAGAUCGGCGAAGAUCACGUUCCAGAAAUAGGUCUCAUAAAAAGAGAAGAGUACGUAGUAGAGAUAAAAGUAGAUCCAGGUCAGUUGAACGAUCUCAAAAGAAAAAGAAGAAAGAUAAAGAUCGAAGUAGAGAAAAAAGUCCAAAUAGAAAUAGAAGCAGACACCAGAGUGAUAGAAGUCAGGAUAGAAGCAGAGAGAGGGAAGAUUAUGUUCGGGAAAGAGACUUGAGUGUUGAAGAUGAUAUGGAAAAAGUACAUCGUAGAAAAUUUAUCAGAGAUCGAUCUGUUGAACAUGUUGAUAUAUUUGGUCGCUCAAGGAGUCCGUUUGCAAGAAAAGAAUUUCUAAAAGAAAAGGAAAUAAGUAAAAGACGGGCACAUAAAGCAAAGGACGAUGAAAAUGGUUCUACAUCUUUAAAAAAGCUGAAGUAUGAGGAAAUUUCAUCUGAUUCAGAUAAAAUGUCCCCUCAUUCAAUAGAAAGAAUUGAAAAAAUAGAAACUGUUUCAAGAAUUGAAGUAAAAAAACCAAGUGUUAGGGAUUCACCCAUAUUUGAUGAAAAUGUUGAUAAAGACGAAGAUUUUGAUGAUGAACCCGAAGAGACUGAACAGUUUCAAUACACUGAUAGGGAUGAAUAUCUUGGCCAGCAUAAGAAUAAGCAGCAACGACAAAAUUUAAUUACUAUCGGCAUUAGUGAUGCAUCCAAACAACGUGGAAGCACUCUGCGCACCCCUCCUUUGCCUGAACAAAUGUCUAUACCAACUCCUCCAUUACCAACCACAGCUGACUUUACACAGUUCCCUCCCCCGCCACCAGGCCCUCCACCUUCUGGCCCACCUCCUGGCACAGUCAUCAUUCAGGAAAGGCCUCCUCUGCAUCUCCCACCUGGAGGGCCCCCUGGACAAGGAAUAUUAGGUGAAGGUCCAAUCCUGCUACAUGGUCCUCCUCCUGUAAAUAUCAAUGUUUUACCACCAGGAUUCCACAGGGGACUACCUCCAUCUCUUGGUGGUCCCCAGCGACCAUUGCUAAUGAGUCCUCUUGGACAAGCUAUUCCAAGGGUUCAAAGAAUGCAAAGUCCAGGUGUGGGCCAGUUUGCCUGGCAGGUAACCAGUUCUGCUGAUAUGCCUAGUCAGUUUGGUGGUCCUAUUGUCUCACCAGGUGUCCGAAUGGGUGGUACACAGUUGCUAAACGGACCAUUUGAUGGUCUUCCCCCACGUCAGUCAGACUCCCCACAUAAUAGACCCCCAGGUAUGCCACAUUUCUCAUCCAUGUCUGUAGGUGGAGCUGGAGAUCCACCACAGCUUAUCACAAUUUCCACAACCACUCCUCCACCCAGUAUAGUACAGCUCAGUGAAUCACCCAGGAAUGUUGUAACUCAGGAGCCCCCUAUGAUGAACUUAGGACCUGAUCCCCGUAUACCGCCACCAAGACUUCCUAUUCCAUUGUUGCCACCUAUUUCGGAGCCAUCUCUUAUGUCGGUCAUGGUAUCUAUGCCCCCACCUCAUAGUGGUAGAAUGUCUGGUGUUGCAAACAGUCAUGAACAGUCAUUUACAAUGGCUGACACGCCUCCAAAUUCAGUUUCUGCUAUCCUUGGUCUAGCAAGGAUUGGAACUGGAAAUUCAUCAAUGGCAUCUGGAAGUCAAGAUGUUGCAUUUAGUCAUUUUGAGAAAAUCAGUGCUUUACUAAACACUCAGGCAAAGCUUGCAAAAGGUGGUGAAUCUGAUGUUAAAAGUAAUGGUUCUUCUGCAUUGUUUAAAGUCCCAUUACCACCUGGAUACAAAGCGGGGAAAAAUGAAAUAGAGACUACAGAAGUUAUAGAUAUGGAUAUGGGAUCUCCAAUUGCAGAGGAAGGAAAUAUUGAACUGCCAGUUUCACCACAGUUUGAUAAUCUUAUUGAUAAUCCUGAAGAUCUCUUGGAAGAGGAUUUUAAUAAAAAGAUGCAGAAACUUAAUGAAACACUUUUUCAAAAACUCAAAGAUCGUGACACAAAAAUUGCUAAUGAACGUGACACUAAAAUUGCCAAUGAACGUGACACUAAAAUUGCUAAUGAAGACAGUGGAAAUGUUCUAGAGAGAAGUGAUACUGCAAAGAAAGUGAAAGAAUUAAAGGAAUCAAUGUUAAAAAAAGAUUCAUCAAAGAAGCCGAAGGAUGAAAAGCACAAGAAGCAUUCAAAAGAAAAUAGACAUCACUUACAUAGAAGAAAGGAGAAGGAAGAAGCUGAAAAAGACAUUACAGAGAAAGCCAUGAAAGAUGCUCAAAAUGACUUGGAUGGUCAGGAUCUUCCCUCAUCAGCUGUUGACAUGACUAAUAAAGAAAAGUACUUAAAGAAGCUGCACCUGCAGGAGCGUGUGGUAGAGGAGGUGAAGAUGGCAGUGAAGCCUUUCUACUCCAGCAAGCGCAUCACCAAGGAGCAGUACAAGGAAAUCCUCAGGAAGGCAGUACCCAAGAUAUGCCACAGCAAGAGUGGGAACAUCAAUCCAAACAAGAUAAAGAGUCUUGUUGAGGCAUAUGUGGAGAAGAUGACCAAGCAUUCGAAGGAUGCAGAAAAGAGCACAGAUUCCUCACCGUCUGUGAUGGCUAAUGGGGAGUGGGUCAAAGCCAAAGCAGUACGAUGAAGACAGCUGCUGAAACGUGAAUAAUGUGUAUAUAAACUGACUCUGACAGCUAGGUUGUGCUGUACUUGUGAGUUUUCAUAUGGAUUAUGAAUUGUUAGAUAUAAACUGUGUAGAUAUGCUUUUAAGGCCAAUAUAUAUAUAUCAUGUGAAAAUGAAUUGCAACUGAAAUGGAUAAAUGCUAAAAAUCAUGUGCUUAAUGCAGUGACUGAUAUUGCAACUAUAUCUUUAAGACAAGUCUCAAAUUUUGGUUCUGAAAGUGCUGAAUAAGUGUUUGUAUACAUGUAUUGUAAAAAAAAACUUAAGCAAUAUAGACAUCUGUCAUGUGUAAUGCCUGGUUCAUUUCAUUAUUAAUGAAGCCAUGUUUAAUGUGCAUGCAUUUGUGGUUGUUUUGUAUGUCAGGCGAUAUAUUUUAAAACAAGAGAGUCACAGUUAUCUGUUUCUGCUUCAUUUGUUAUGCUCCCCCAAAAUUUAUUUUGGGGGGAGCAUAUAGUGGCCGCUUCGUCUGUCCGUGUGUGCGUCUGUCUGUCCGUCCGUGCACAAUUUUUGUCCGGGCUAUUUCUCAGCAAAUAAUGACCAUAAUUCAAUGAAACUUUAUGGAAAGCUUCACUACCAAGAGGAGAUGUGCAUAUUAUCAGCGGGUUCUGGUCGGAUGAUUUUUCACAGAGUUAUGGCCCUUUGAAAUUUUCUAUAAAAAAAAUCUUUUCCUCCCAACUAGUGUGCCCUCAAGACGUUUCCUUUUAUCUGAAUAUAUAGUGCAAUAUUGUGACAAAAAAAACAUUUGGGAGCAUCACCCUUCUCGGACGGUUUCUUGUUUCCCCUGUUCUUCAGUUAGUGUCAAUAUUGGAAGGAGUUGUUUAAACUAAUUUUUCCUGGUUUGCCAUGUUAAAUGGCCAUUCAUGGACAGAUUAUAUGAUAAUGGGCUUGCUUAAAAUACCUUUCAAUUAGUUGUUUUUCUAUUGGCUUUAUUGAUGUGUUUAAAAAAGGUAGCUCAUGCUGGCCAUGCAGUGUAUAAAAUCAUGUAAACACAUGUCUAAACUGGCAGUGGUGAAAGAAUUCCCGAUUUUUUGUUCUGCAAAUCAAAUGAUUAAAUUUCUACAUUUACAGAAUACAUGUAUGUGUUUUUCCAGCAAUUUUCCUUUCACAAUUUCAGCAAUGCAAACCAGUUGUCUUUAGUGUAAAAAAUAGCUAUUUAAUUUAAAUGAUAACCAUGCAUCAUCAUGAAAUGAAAAUACUAUAAUAAACUGUUUUUCUUAGUUUAUUUUGUGUUUUUAGCUCACCUGUCACGAAGUGACAUGGUGAGCUUAUGUGACUUGUGAUGUCCGUCGCCGUAUGUGUGUGCGUGCGUGCGUCCGUCAACAAUUUGUUUGUGUAGACAGUAGAGGUCACAGUUUUCAUCCAAUCUUUAUGAAAUUUGGUCAGAAUGUUCAUCUUGAUGAAAUCUGGGUUGGGAUUGUAUUUGGGUCAUUUGGGGUCAAAAACUAGGUCACUAGGUCAAAAACUAGGUCACAUAAUAGGUCAAAUAAUAGAACAACCUUGUGUAGACAAUAGAGGUCACAGUUUUCAUCCAAUCUUUAUGAAUUUUUGUCAGAAUGUUAAUCUUGAUGAAAUCUGGGUUGGGAUUGUAUUUGGGUCAUCUGGGGUCAAAAACUAGGUCACUAGGGCAAAGACUAGGUCAAAUAAUAGAAAAACCUUGUGUAGACAGUAGAGGUCACAGUUUUUAUCCAAUCUUUAUGAUAUUUGGUCAGAAUGUUUAUCUUGAUGAAAUCUGGGUUGGGAUUGUAUUUGGGUCAUCUGGGGUCAAUAACUAGGUCACUAGGUCAAAUAAUAGAAAACCUUGUAUAGACAGUAGAGGUCACAGUUUUUAUCCAAUUCUUAUGAAAUUUGGUCAGAAUGUUUAUCUUGAUAAAAUCUGGGUUGGGAUUGUAUUUGGGUCAUCUGGGGUCAAAAACUAGGUCACUAGGUCAAAUAAUAGAAAAACCUUGUGUAGACAAUAGAGGUUGCAGUUUUCAUCCAAUCUUAAUGAAAUUUGGUCAGAAUGUUUAUCUUUAUGAAAUCUGGGUUGGGAUUGUAUUUGGGUCAUCUGAGGUAAAAAACUAGGUCACUAUGACAAAUAAUAGAAAACCCGUCAACAAUUUGUUUGUGUAGACAGUAGAGGUCACAGUUUUCAUCCAAUCUUUAUGAAAUUUGAUCAGAAUGUUUAUCUUUAUGAAAUCUGGGUUGGGAUUAUGUUUGUCUCAUCUGGGGCCAAAAACUAGGUCACUAGGUCAAAAAAUAAGUCACUAGGUCAAGUAAUAGAAAAACCUUGUAUAGACAAUAGAGGUCACAGUUUUCAUCCAAUCUUUAUGAAAUUUGGUCAGAAUGUUUAUCUUAAAGAAAUCUGGGUUGGGAUUGUAUUUGGGUCAUCUAGGGUCAAAAACUAGGUCACUAGGUCAAAUAAUAGGAAAACCUUGUGUAGACAAUAGAGGUCACAGUUUUCAUCCAAUCUUUAUAAAAUUUGAUCAGAAUGUUUAUCUUGAUGAAAUCUGGGUUGGGAUUGUAUUUGGGUCACCUGGGGUCAAAAACUAGGUCACUAGGUCAAAUAAUAGAAAAACCUUGUGUAGACAAUAGAGGUCACAGUUUUCAUCUUAUCUUUAUGAAAUUUGGUCAGAAUAAUUAUCUUGAUGAAAUCUGGGUUUGGAUUGUAUUUGGUUAAUCAGGUGAGCGAUUCAGGGCCAACAUGGCCCUCUUGUAUAAUUUUAUUUCGAACCUAACACACUGGAGAUAAUCAAAUUAAAUUGUCUAGGACUGAUUAGAAAAUUAUCAUCUCAAAUCCAGUGUUGGAUUUUAAUCGGUAAAUGAUUAUUUAAUUGUCAUACAUUUUCAACACUGACUUAUGUUGAAAUUGUAUGAGGCUCUUUAUCCUGUUUGAUGUUUUGAUACAGCUUUAUAAUUGAGACCAGAUCUACUGUCUACUGACGUCUAAAAUUCGUUCUGAUACUGUCUACCUUGUUAAAAAUAGCGUCUGUCAAAAAUAAACAAAUUGUACAUA